AUCUAAGGUCCAUUAGAGAAGAAAAGCAAAAGUAUACUACAGCCGGGGCGGGGGGUAAGCGAAGGAGAAAGGAUGGGGGGAGGAAUGGAGGCAAACGAAAACAGAUUCAUUGAAGAUUGGAGCUCGGCAAGAGAGAAUCUGAAACACAACUUCAGAUGGACUCGCCGCAAUUUGGCUCUUGUCGGCAUUUUCGGCAUCGCUAUCCCCGUCCUUGUGUACAGGGGCAUCGUUCGAGAAUUUCAUAUGCAGGAUGAAGAUAAUGGUAGGCUAUACAGGAAGUUCCUGCGAGUUAUUCUCGGCGAUGCUUGAUAAUAAAGUUUUUGACGAGUGAAAGUGGGUUUUGUAUUGGACAUUAAGUUGUCAAAGCUUGUCGCACUGUUCAUCUUGGUCCUUAUCAUGUAUUGCUCCUUGUAAGUUUCUGGUGCAUUUUUCCAAUCAUGAAUUGCUCCAUGUUAUGUUCAAAUAUAAGUUUGAGACCUUAUGUUUCAAUUUGA